GCGCGCAGUUUCGUUCCAACAAUCAGCGCAUUCAGUUCGUUUCGUUCGGUUGUAGGUUAUUUUUAAAAUAUGUAUACCACACAUCCAUAUACCACACACUAGGCGGCUGGUGACUUUCGAUCGCAAGAUCCCCGUGGAAGCUGCCGUGCCGGGCAUAGUAGCAAACAAUAAGACCAUCUGCAUCCUGUGCUUGAGUGCAGAGUCCCCCCCCCCCGCGGUUCGAGUACACACAUCAACGAACAUUCAACGAGUGUCGUAGCGACGAGAUCGGUCAGGGCCUACUCGUUCCCGGAAUGCGUCAAUUGAAUUAAAUAAAAGCAUAAUUCGCCAGUCAAGUCGAGGUCAAUCAAGGCGCUGCACUGGGUCAGUUUGCUGAUGGUGAUGGUGAAUAUUCUUCCUGCUAGUUAGCUAAGCACGUUAUCAGUCAGACAGUGAAACAAUACGCCAAUUUCGAUUGUGUCUCGUUAGUGUUCGUGUGCUUCAAUUGGGUUGUUGGCAAACGUGUGCUCCUCCGUAUCACCAUGAGGUGUCGUGUGCUGUGAGUCUAGUUAUGUUUACUUUUACGAAUUUCGUAAUUACGCUCUUAUCGGAACGGCCUUUCAUACGACGUCGGUAAUCAACCGGCAGAGAGAACACUUUCUCGAGACGAACCAAGCAACUCGUCGUUGACCGAGAGUUCAGUAAAGCCAUCCUCGGUCGCCGUCCGUACAUACAGUCACAGUCGCCAAUGUCACCUCGGAUUGACCCGUGGAGAGGAAGUCACCGGACCACGCCUGGCGACGAAAUCGAAGAAGCUCGUAGCGUUGAAAAGAAUAAAUUAGAAUUGUAAUUCAAUUUCUUGUCGCCCUGCUCAGCUAGCUUGAUAUACAGAAAUCGGAGCAAAGUUGCGCUAGCAGCACACACAAAAAAAAACAACAACGAAUAUGUUUAUGCAUAAUGACGAGUGAAUCAGUUGGAUACGCUAGAACGUGAAGAAAUGGUACACAUAUUGUUCGAGGGGAACAAAGUUGCAGGACCAUAGAUUUGAGUAGAGUGGUAGUUGGUGUAGAACGAACCCUUGUUGAAAUGUAGAAGUGAUGUAAUCACUUACUUCUUGCUAUCUGGUGGUGGUGUAACUAACAUGGACUUUAGAUUUUCUAUAUCUUUUCACUAACAAACCAGUGUAAUCAGUGCUUUCCCGUUGCGGGUAGAAAAGUACACCAAAGAGUUCGGUGCCAUAAAAAAACUAGUUAAAUUAACGGAUGGUUGAAGUACAAUUGUGCAUUUAAGUUGUUUACCUUUGCUAUUUAACUAACAAAAUGAAACGUAAUCGUCAAAUCAAAACAACUAAAGUAACCAAAGCAUCUUCCGGUGCCGGUAGGCCGAAGACAAAAACCAUCAAGCAGGAGAGUAACAACAAUGAUCUGGUUGAGCCCAGUCCAGCUGAACUAACAGCUGUGAUAGAGCAACCCAUCCUACCGGAGGUCGAAGAUCUAGACAAAGGCUUGCUCGUGCUGGCAGUUGAGAAUGAACCGCUGUCGGGUGCAUCAUCAACCGGUGACAUCAGUGGUGGCGAGCAGAAAUCCAGCAGGAAAAAGAACCGCAAGCAGUACAUCUGCCAGGUGUGCAAUAAGAAUUUUAUGGGAGCGAAUGAUCUACGGAAGCAUUUGCGCAUUCACAACGACGAACGUCCGUACGCUUGUGCGCACUGCAACAACCGAUUCCGACAGGCUGGAUGUUUGAAGAACCAUAUCGCCUCUCAACACGGCACGGAUACGUUGUACACGUGCGAUCUGUGCGGGAAGACGUUUCCCAUCAAGGAGCGGCUUCGUUUGCACAUGAGAGUGCAUACCGGCGAGAAACCGUACCAGUGUCCCAUGUGUCCUAAGACGUUUGCCCGUGGUGGUCAGCUCACCCAGCAUCUGGCCACCCACAAUGGAAUCCGGAGACACAAGUGCCCACACUGCUCGUCAGCGUUCUCGUGUGCGGCCAAUCUCAAGAUGCAUCUCAAAAGUCACCUGGACAUUCGUGAUUAUACGUGCCAUAUCUGCGGCAAAGGGUUCUACCGGCCAGAUGCCCUGAAGAAACACCUGCUCUGCUAUCACGCCAAUCUGAAGGCUUUCCAUUGCCAAAUCUGCAACAAAAUGUUCAAAGGUCAUCUCCCGCAGCACAUGCGAACGCACAAGAUGAUUCGUCCACAUGGGUGUGCAGUUUGUGGGGCCGUUUUUUCGCAGCGAUCGCAGCUGGUUGUCCAUCAGCGCAUCCAUACCGGAGAGCGUCCGUACCGAUGUCAGGUCUGCUGGCAGGCAUUCGCACACUCAAGUGUAUUGAAGUUACACAUUCGCAAGCACACUGGAGAGAAACCGUUUGAAUGUCCUAUUUGUAGAGUUGGAUUUUCCCAGCUACCCCAUCUGAAGAAACAUAUGCUCUCUAUUCACAACCAGGACAAAUCAUAUCUGUGCAAAAACUGUAAUGUUUUCUUCAAGACUAAGUUGGACCAUCAAAAUCAUGUAGCGAGCUGUUCACCAGAUGAGCAAGGACCAAUCAGUGUGGAGGAAAUCAUCGAUAGAAAUGUCAAACACGCCAACAGUGGAGUUGAUCCUCCGAUGCCGUUAUCGCACAUGAGAUUUCUGGUGGCUAUUCUGCUGAAAAAGAUCUCCACUGAAGAACGGCUGAAGGAUCUCGGGUUCGACAAAAGAUUAAUCGAUAACGUACUCGUCGAUUCGUUAAAAUGCGCUGGUCGCAAAGCAUGCGACGAUAGAGCGGUGGACCCAGCGUUCCGACUGAAGCAGAACGUGCAAGAACUGCUGGAAUGGACAGUCCCUGCCAAGUAUAUGGAGGAGUUCAAGAAAGCCAAUCGGAGCACCGAAGAGUUACUGGAGGAUUUGACGAACUAAGCUCUACUAACUCGGGUAGAAGGCUUUUCUUUUCUUUCUCGAAUUAUCUAUAUUAUUUAAAAAAAAUCGAAAUGAAUUAUUUGUUAUAGCAAAAGAACUCAAUGUACGAGGUAGAAAAAUUCAGAAAUGGUGUAGCACUAUUCAAUGGACUAUUUUGAAUUCUAUUAUACUAAACUAUUCGUAACGUUAGUUUAUGCACCAAUGAGUAGGAUAAGUAUGUUGAAUUGAAACCCUGGUAUUCCGAUGAUGGGAAUACUGUAAGUUUGUUUAUUGUAAUCAUUUGCAUUUCCAACCAAAGUACACGGAAGUUCCGAAGCCUUGUUGCCAUAUAAUACCAAUAAAAACUUGCCAAAAAAUUUGAACUAAUACAGUCUAAUUUUAGUUGAUAGUUACAUUGAUUUUAUGCCAUAAUGGCUAAGGGAUCUCAGAUGCUUAACAGCAACUAGAGCGAAUUCGAUGUAACUGCAUACAGGGUCUGUGGAGGAUCUAGUCAAAAAACGCCAUUUCGAGAAGUUUAUACAAGUUGUGUAAACGUAAACUGUGUUUUCAUUUAGUUUUUAUGUUUUUGUUAACCAUUUUGUACAUUUAUAUCAUAUUGAAAGCUCAAAACCAAAAAAAUAUUGUUUGUUUUUACAAUCCAAACUUUUGUACUGUACAGAAGGUGAGAGAAAACGAAAACAAUUUACUACUAUGCCAGUGAGCGAUUUUUUAAAAUUAGUAUCAUGCUUAGUGUAGUGGAAUUAGUAACAACAACUAGAUGUCUAGAUAUAACAACAAUUAAGGGGUGAUUCCAAACCGCCCUGUUGCCUGUAAUAAAAUCGAAAGA